CCUGGGGCCGAGGGCUGCGAUUUGACAGACGCAUCCCCGCGAAAAAGUUUGGAAAGGAACCGGCACUUCGUCGUGGAGAUUGUAGCAAUUGAUACAAAACAAAUCCUAACAAUCCUCAGCCAUCCUUCACUUUUUUUAGACCAUGAGUGAAGAACAGGGAACGAAAGACGAAGUAGCCCCAGCAAGUCCUGAAAUUCAUUUCAAGCCGAUUGUAAAUCUUCCAAAAAUUGAACUGAAGUCACAGGAAGAGAAUGAGGAAGAGAUAUUUCAAAUGAGAGCGAAGUUGUACAGAUACGAUACGGCAGGAGACGAGAAUUUAUGGAAAGAGCGUGGUGUUGGGAAUGUCCGGAUCCUCAAACACAAACUCAAGAAGCAUACUUAUCGAGUUCUUAUGCGACGAGAUAAAACCCUCAAGAUUUGCGCAAAUCACCUAAUUGACCCCGAGAUGGAGCUGAAAGUGAACUGUGGUAGUGAUAGGGCCUGGGUUUGGAGUGUCAAAGCGGAUUUUGCUGAUGAAGAAGUCAAGCCUGAGACGCUAGCAAUAAAAUUUGCAAAUGCUGAAAAUGCAAACAAAUUCAAAGAUGUUUUCCAAGACUGCCAGAAAAAAAUUAAGGAUGCCACACCUAUAUCUGAUGACAAUGAAAGUGAUAAGCUGGUUCAGGAACUCGAAGGGCUCAAGGUUAAAGAAGAGGAGACUAAAGAAGGCCAGGCUGAGGAUAAAUCAGAUAAGGCGGAACCUAAAGACUCUGAAAAGGAAGUUGAUAACACAAGUAAGGAUGAGAAUGGAAAGAAAGAAGAAGAAGACAUCCCCGAGAAAUAGAUAUUUCACCAGUGAAAUUAUUUCACAUAUAUGCUGGCAUCAAAGCUAUCCAAUCCAGGCUGGAUUUCCACUAAAAGACCAUUGAAUGUGCUGCAAAAAAGAAGGCUUCAGAUAGGAUAGUUUAUUUAUCAUAGUCUGCUGAUAAUAAGCCAUGCGCAUAAUGUCUUCCACAACAUGGAAAAGCAUGUCUAGAUACCUAAUCUGUUUAAUUUAUAUGAUGAUUUAAAUAUAGCUGUUACUGUACAUAUACGUUUUCAGGGCAUUUUUACAUUAAAUAAGCUCUACAUUAGGGCCAUACCAUAGGAAGGUUUCCAGGGACCUUGAACCCUUCAAACUCCAGCCACCUUAUGGUAUAUAUAUAGUAUGGAACGAGAAUAAAGCAAAAUGGAGAACCCUGUUUCUACCAAGGAUAUAUAAGGAGAAACGGAAAAAGCAAAAUAGAUCGAUUUCUUUGUGAGAAAAUGUAAGGUAGCACUAGUUUAGAAUAAUGUUCUUCCAUGAUAGAAUCAUAAGAAUGUAUAGUAACAUUUUUAACAGUUUUGUUUGCCCUUCUCUUCAGUCUUUUACUAUUUUCAUGGAAUAAAAGUUUUAUCAACUGCAA